AUGUGGGAGAUACAAAGUGAUUGGAACGAACUUAAGUCAUUUUGGGUUAAAAUCGGUGAAACAAAGUACCAAAUUAGCAAAAAUGACCAAAUGUUUAACUCUCCUGAUAAAACAAUAUCAGUCGAUUCAACAAUUAGAAACCAAUUUACAAUAUCAACGCCUCAAGGCAGAUGCACAUUCAUAGCUCCAUCAAAAAAGUUCCAGACUCAUAAGGACUCGUCUGUAAAUUGCCUUUCUGUUACUGCAGAUGGCGACGAAGUUUUGUCUGGUGAUUGCUUCGGUAAACUAUACUUAAAGUAUAGGGAUACAGAACCUGUUCCAAUGGAAGGUCCAACAUCAGGUUUUGACGUCGAAGAUUGCAUAAUUGAUAAAAAAUUAGGUCAAUACUUUAGCUGUGGCGGAGAUUUCUCAAUUUAUGCAUUUUCCAAUGAAUAUUUCAACGUUGGAAAGUAUAAAGGCCACAAAGCUUCAGUCAAAAGAAUCUUAAUCGACGGAGAAUUCCUUUACUCAGGAUCAGACGAUUGCACCAUUAAAAAAUGGGAUAUUAAGCACUACAACACACUUUCGACUGCAGAUGUAGCAGAUCCAGUAACAGAUUUUUGUUUUGGAACAAAUGCAAUUUAUGUAUCGACUUCUACUUCAAUAAGAGCUCUCGAUUUACGUACAUCAGCUGGCAUUGUUUCACCGGAUAACGGCAGUGCUUCAGAAUUCUCAUCUGUUGCUUUUUACAACGAUAAAAUUGUUGCAGGCACAGAUUCUGGCACAAUUUGCCUUUGGGAUUCCAGAAAUCUUGGUGCUCCUAUUUCUGAGUGGAAUUGGUACGAUUCAAUGAUUAAUAAACUCAGAUAUCAUAAUAACAGAUUGUGGGUGGCCACAAACGAUGGAACAGCUGCAGCAAUUGAUCCAGAAACAAAAACAUCGUCAAUUGUACUUGGAACUCCAUCAUUCGAGGCUGUUAAGGCAAUCGCUUUCAGUGAUUCCAAAGUUUUCACAUCUGGAGCUACUGGCGAGAUUGCAAUGUUUGAUUUAUAA